AUUUGUCAUCACUGUCCCCAAUAUAACCCAACCUCUCUCUCCCCUCCCACACUCUCUCACCAACUCCACCAUCUCAUUUCUCCAAAGAUGGCCACCACCACUGCCACCUCCGCCACCACCUUCAACAACCACUCUCCACCAUCACUUGCUUCUUUAAUCCAAACCCAUCGUUCUCAUUUCAACAACAAUCUCUCAUUCAAAUCAAAACCCUCAACAAAUUUCCAAUCAAAUUCACUAUCAAUCAAUCUCACCACCACAUCCAGAUCCCCAUUCUCAACACUGAAACCCUUGCAAUCAAAUUCAAUAACAUCAGAUCUCACACCAUUAGAAACAAAUCCAAAGACUCUAAAAUCAAGAUUAGCUAAUGGAGAAACACUCUACGGUAUGUUCUUACUCAGUUUAUCACCAACUCUCGCAGAAAUCGCUGGUCAUGCCGGUUACGAUUACGUCGUCAUCGAUCUGGAACACGGCGAAGGAGGGAUUUCCGAAGCACUCCCGUGUCUCCGAGCACUUGCUGCUACAGGUACGGCUUCGAUUAUCCGUGUACCUGAAUCGACUGAAACAUGGGCUAAGAAAGCAUUAGAUUUAGGUCCUCAGGGUAUUAUGUUUCCAAUGAUUGAAAGUCCAAAAUCGGCUAAGAAAGCUGUUUCUUACUGUAAGUUUCCACCAAAUGGGGUUCGUGGAUCAGCUCAUAUGGUUGUUAGAGCGUCGAAUUAUGGUAUUGAUGAUGGGUACUUGACGAAUUACGAAGACGAGUUGUUGAUUAUGUGUCAGGUGGAGUCUGAGGAAGGUGUGAAGAAGAUUGAAGAUAUUGCUAAGGUUGAUGGGGUGGAUUGUGUUCAAAUGGGGCCAUUGGAUUUGAGUGCUAGUUUGGGGUAUUUGUGGGAUCCUGGGCAUAAGAAGGUCCGAGAAAUGAUGCGAAUAGCGGAGAAAGGAGUGUUAGGAGCUAAGAAGAAGGGUGGAGAUGAUAAUGUUGUUGGUGGUGGCGUGUAUUUAGGUGGUUUUGCAAUGGCUCAUGAUAAGCCGGAGCAAUUGAGGAGCAGAGGGUAUCAUAUGAUAAGUGGUGCUGUCGAUUUGGGUUUGUUUAGAAGUGCUGUUGUUGAAGAUGUUAAGAAUUUUAGGAUGGGUUUGAGUAUUGACAAUGUUGAUGAUGAAGAAGGUGAUAGUGAUAAAGAUAAAGAGGAGAAGUACUGGAGUGAAUGAAGGAUGCGGUGUUUGGUUAGAAUGCUUUAGGUUUGAGUAUUGAUAAUGUUGAUGAUGAAGAAGGUGAUAGUGAUAAAGAUAAAGAGGAGAAGUAUUGGAGUGAAUGAAUGAUGCGGCGUUGCGUUAAAAUGCU